GUCACUGCAGCCAGUCGGCGUGAAAUGUCUUAACUUUCGACCUGCAACAACCGUGCGGGCUUACAUCCGGGACUUCACAAACUGAAGGCGUGCCUUCCUCUUUAGUAAAAUGCGCAUGUGUGUGUUUGAAAUCUCGGCGGAUGACUUCCACUGGACUCGGCGUAAGAACAUGCAACCUGUAGUGGUGAGGGGAUAUCCAGACCAGGUCCUCUCCGUUGGGAGAGUGACUCUGGGUGAGCAGGCUAGAAAGGCCAUGAAACAGAAGCAGAGGAAGGAGAGCAAGAAGAAGACGGAGCAGAAGAAGGGGAAGGAGAACGAAGAGAACAAGAAGGAGAAGGAAGAUGAGGAGAAGGAGGCGGAGGAGGAGAACCUGAAGGAGAAGCAGAAGGAAGCCGUCCUUAGGGCAGCCUGUGCCCUGCUGAACACUGGGGGGGGCAUAAUCCAGAUGGAGGCUGAGAAUCAGGACUACAGUUACAGCACCGAUGCUUUGGGUCAGGAUCUGGAGAGAGCUUUGAAAGAACUGGUGAAUCCUGCACGAAUGGAUGAUUUUUUUGAGUUUUCUCAACAGGGCACAAAGUUCCUCAUGUUUGUGAAGUCCUGGUGCUCAUCAAUCAAGCGAGCACGCAUCUGCAGCAUCAGCACUGGCCUCUGGCAAAGAUCUGAAACCUCAGCCGAGCAGGUCUCUUCCAGUGCAGCGAAUGAAUUCCUGCAGAAGAAAGAGAGGAAGCUCUCUGAGAAUAGUAAAAUCUAUCAGUUUUAUGAAAGAAACACAGUGAACGCAAAUGAGCUUUUGGACUUUGGAGAGAGUCUGACCGUGGACUUCAAGGACUUUGGGAGUAAAAAUGUAUUAGUUCGACUUAGAGAGUGUCUUCCCAGGUACAUAUCUGCCUUUGCAAACACAGCGGGUGGAUUUUUGUUUAUCGGUGUUAAUGAUGCACGGAGAGUCACCGGAUGCGGCAGAGGUGAAAGUGAGGAGAAACUGGAAACGCGUGUUGCAGAAAUAUGCAGCAAGGCCAUCGCAGUUCAUCAGCACAGCUGCUCAAAAAGCCACAGCUGGUCUGCGGAACACCGUAUUAUCCCAGUUCUGGACAAGAAUGUCACUGAGUCCAGGUCCUAUGUCCUGGCCAUAAAAAUCCCAACUUUCUGCUGUGCUGUCUUUGAAAAAGAUCCAGAUUCUUGGCAGAUUAAAGACUCUCAGUUGAGCCGUCUCACUGCUGACCAGUGGUUGGAAAUGAUGGAAAGCACUGAUCCAGUCAACAAGCUGAUUGGAUCAUUCAAACAGCUCAGUAUAAAAGAUACACCUCCACAGUGUAGAACAGUUUACGGAUUUCAAGAAGAACAUCUGAAACCGCUACAGGAUAAACUUUUUCCAGUUGAUAAAAAUGAUAUCUCAAUUGGACCUGAUCCACUCAUGAAAGAUCUCUUUGAGAAGUAUGAAAAACUUGGAAACCUUCAGACCCUUGAGAGGCAGGAAAAUGCUCCUGGUGUGCUCAUCUUCUCCAGAAGCUGGGCUGUUGACAUUGGCAGGGUGAGAAAAAGCAGUGUCAUCUGUGAUGCCGUGUUAAUCUGCCAGAACUCCCUGCCCUGUCUAUACACGGUCGUGGAAGAAGGCAGCCCGGAUGCAUGGGAAUAUGCGACAUCAACAGCGUUUCACCUCAAGCAGAAGCUGGUGAACGUUGGAGGCUGCUCGGAGAGAGUCUGUGUGGUCCCAAAGCUGGUGCACUGCCACACUUUGAAGCUGAUCCCCAGAGAGAAGAGCAGCCCUGAUGGGAUGUCGUAUCCUGACUGCUACACGCUUGGCUCAGAGGAUCAGAUCAGAUCAGUGCUGCGCUCCUUGGUUAUCGUUCUGCUGAGCUUCACUUCGGCUCUGAGUGAUAAACUCGGGUGCGAGUUCCUAAAUUUGCUCACCGAAGAGCAGUUUGAGUUCCUUCAAACAUAUGAGGACAUCAGAGAGCUCUUCAUUCACGGUUUGCCAGGGACUGGUAAGACGGUGCUUGCUGCUGAGAAAAUAAAGAGAAUAAAGAACGCUUAUGACUGCAAGGACGACAACGUCCUUUACAUCUGUGAAAAUCAGCCACUGAAGUAUUUUAUGAGGAAACAGAAGAUUUGCUUUUGUGAAACGAGGAAGUGCUUCAUGAUGAAACGAGAAGAAUGUUUCUCAGAAGUGCAACACAUAAUUGUGGAUGAAGGACAGAAUUUCCGUGCUGAAGACGGAGAUUGGAUCCAGAAAGCGAGGAACAUCGUGAAGGAAAAUGGGGUGUUCUGGGUUUUUCUCGACUACUUUCAGCAAAGCCACAUCACACGCAGCGGCCUGCCGCCUCUGCCCAGUCAGAGUAAGGCCUACUUGUGUACGAUUGUCCGCAACAGCAAACAGGUAUCCGAGCGCCUGAAAAAGGAAAUUGAUGGUAUCUGCAAAAGCUUUACGAAAACCAACCAAUUAGCAAAUCAUCUGAAAAGCAUGUUUAGCAAACUCCGCUUUAUCCAUUCGUUCUCAGGAAGCUAUGUAGUAGAGAAAAUGGCAGAAAGGAAAGUUGUGCCAUAUCUGCGGAACAAGCUAUAUCACCUUUUGGAUGAUGGACGGUCAUCGAAAGAUAUUGCUAUUCUUUGUUCCACUCAGAAAGAUAGAGAUAAAAUUCAGUUGGCCCUGGAAUCAAAGAGGUCAGGGCCCAGAAUUUGCUUCACCUCUGCAGAGGAUAUGGAUAGUGAUGUGGUCGUGUUAGACAGCAUACGCAGGUUCUCAGGCCUGGAGAGGAACAUUGUGAUUCUGAUCGACCCACAAGCUCACCCAUCCCAAUGCGAGGUGGAAAAGAAUCUUUUGGUUGGUGCCAUUUCGAGAGCGAGAAUCCAAUUAAUUGUCAUUGAUUUGAUUUCCUCCCGAAAUGUAAGGGAUUCCGCUGGGGAUGGAAGGGAUUCCGAUGGGGAUGGAAGCGAUUCCGCUGGGAAUGAAAGGGAUUCCGCUGGGGAUGGAAGGGAUUCCGCUGGGAAUGGAAGCGAUUCUGCUGGGGAUGGAAGGGAUUCCGCUGGGAAUGGAAGGGAUUCCCCUGGGAAUGGGACAGGGUUCGCAGUAGCGAAUCCAGAAGACGGGAGAAUGGAGAUUGAUUGAUGGAUGGAGUCCUCGUCUUAAUGUCACCUUUUUAAGGAAACGUUUAAAGCUGAGAAUCCCGAAAACCAAGAACAUUGCAUGUUGAAGUUUUAAACAAGUGUACGGCAAGUUGUGUUGGGUGCUGUAGGGCAGUUGGGUGCUGUAGGGCAGUUGUAAGUUGUUUCUCUACAGUUCUCUCUCUGAGAGCUCAAAUGCUUUAUUUCUCUAUAAGAUCCCAAUUGAGCCUGCGUCUGUUACUUUCCACAUUCCAACACUAUCUCCCACUUCCCUUCAGGAUCGCCAGACCCCUCAUGCCAGAUACUCAUAAUUCUAAGAUCAGAGCUGUAGAUGACACUGAGGGGGAUUAACAACCUCUUUGCACGUAGAGGAGGCAUAGGGACAAAGGCUCAUUCGCUGUUAACCACGCUCGCGGUGUGAACCCCCCACGGUGUGAUAGUUUCGGACUGCGCCAGCUCUGGGCCUAGAUAAUCGCUCCAUAUCCCUAUAGAGCACCACCGGCGACUAGCGGGCACCGUCAGUAUUUCAAGGCCGCUCCAUUCAUGCCAACGAACGGAGAACAGCCGAAUCAUAUUAAGCAUAAUUAGCAAAUACCAUUCCGGUACCCUGCUGGUCUGAAAACUCAAAGUGAGUGCAGGCUAUUAGAAUCUUACAGUGUCGCGUUUCUGAGUUCCCUAGCCUGCACGACUAAGAAAUAAUUCAUCAUCUCCCCGUAACCUGAACCGAAAGUAAUCAUGUUUGGUAUGGUUAUCUUUUAAUACUCACAAUGAAGGUCGGGGGAAAAUGUAUAUCCACUUUUCUUGUACUGCUAAGUAAUUAUCCAACUAGAUCAAAUUUGGCAAAAUAUUUUAUAGGAGUUAUUGAAACCCGCCCCCUAAUGGGAAAGGUGGACGUGAUAUGAAGGUGUGCCCUCCGGACGGCCAAUAGCAGCUCAGACCUCUGUCUCCACGCAGGUACUUCAGUUCGAUGGCUAUCAAGGUCGGCACUUCUUUUCCUUUUUUAUAAUUUUUUCUUUCUCCCCCCGUACCCGAGCCGUGGCUCUUGUAGAUUUUUUAGAAAGCUACCGUAGCCUCAGUGUCCCGGGCGACCUCUGAGUGUUCGCACCACUUCGGAACCGUGCGUCUACGCCUUGAAGUGCUGACGGGCUUUGAUGUCUGUGUGGGAGUGCAGGUUGGCCAGGCCCAGGCUUUAUUUUCCAGCUCUGAAUUCAUUGUGUUCUGCCUCAGCUGGGUCUCAGAGAUUCCCCUUCUCCUCCCUCUUUCCUCUUUGAUGUGGUCUGUAAACUGGAAUUCAUUCCGGUGUUGCCUGUCACCUUUUAACCGUAUGUGCUUGGAAUUGCAUUUGUUCAUAGUGAGCUUCUGUUUAGCGGUACCCACCAACAUUGUUGAGAGCCUAUCACAUAAGAUCAAUAAUACUAAUUUGUUCCCGUCUGGUUCGUGACUACGUUACCUUAUAUGUACCACAUUGCAUUGUGCUAUUCUGUGGCCGGUAUCCAUAUCCAAUAUUACCAACCAAACUGCUUAAUUUUCGGCAUUAUUUCUCAUUAAACUUUACAUUUCUGUA